AUGCGUGAACUCAAGAAGUAUUGUCUUGUAUUGCAGUUGGAUAGCAACGAGUUUUGCACAACCUUGAGAUUGCCUGGGAGGGUUUAUGAAGCUGGAGAACCACCAGAUAAUCCCAAAGCGAUAAUCCAUCACUCAAAGAUUGAUUAUUUCGAGAAGGUAGAAGAUAUAUUAGGAAAAGAAGAGUUCUCUUUGAUAGAGAACUCUCACAUUGGGAGCAUUUUGAAGGUGGUUAAAAGGAGUAGGGUUCAAUUUUCAGAAGAGUUGUUCCAUUUUGUAAUGCAGCGAAGAGUAUUGACGCAAGGAGAGGAUCUCUGGUUUACUUUCUCGGACCACCCUAUGAGGUUUUCACUAAGAGAAUUUCAUCUGACAACAGGCUUACGUUGUGAGGAAGAUCAAACAAUAACAGAGCCGCAGUUCAAAAUAAUGAAGAAGCCAUACCUUUGGAUGCUGGGAAAGGAUGAUAAGUUUACGGUGAGAACAUUGUAUGAAAUGUUUAAAGAGAAAGCACGAAGCAUGCCAACACUAGAAAGAGUAUCCCUUGGAACAUCAAUAAUCACAGAAGCGAUAAUUAUGGCAGAAAAUCCGAGUUCUAAAAUCCCGAGAGACAGGUUGCAGCGUUAUAUGAACUAUCGCUUACCCAAGGUGGCUUGGGGUAAAACUGCUUAUAGCAUCUUGAUGAGAAGUGUAAAAAUGCAUGUGCUUGGUAAAUCUUUGGGAAAACCAUGCGAGACAUCCUCUUCUUCAGAUCCGUUGUGUCUACAUUGGGACUCAACAAGAAAUCCGACAAUAACUGAAGUGUUAGAGCUGGAGAAGAUAAACAAUGUUGAGGUUAGCACAGUGAUUGGAUUGGCUGAGGAAUACAAACAUUUGGUGGGGGCAACACAUAGUAACGAUGCUGACUUUCACAGUGUUGUGAAACUAGUUCAACAAGGAUACAAAAUGAAGAGAAGCGAUUGGGAGCAAGGUUUUGUGGAUAUGUUUGUUGCAACAGAAGAUGUAGGUCAACAACGCAAGACAAAAGACGAAGAUGCAGAGCAUGGUGAAGAUCUGAACCAUAGUGAAGAUGAAGAGGAAAAGAAAGAUGAAGAGUAUCAAAAGGAUAAAGAUCAAAGAAAAGAUAAAGAUCAUUCCAUGUCUAACAGCGAGAAACUUGAUAAGCUAAUCCAAAUGGUUCGUGAUUUGGAUAAGCGAGUAGUAGUGAUCCAGAAUGUUUUAGGAGUUAAGUUUAAUGACGGUUCACCAAACAAAGAAGAUUGUGAGAAUGGAGCUAGUUCUAGUGAUAGAAGAAGUGCACAAGAUUAUGAAAAUGAAGAUGAUACAAUUGAUGAAGAAGCAAACUCUGGUGAUAAAAAAAGUGCACCAGAUGAUGGCAAUGAAGAAGAUACAAUUGCUGAAGAAGCAAACUCUGGGGAUGGAAGAAGUGCACUAGAUGAUGAAAAUGAAGAAGAGAUAUGUGAUGAAGAAGCGAAAUCUGGUACAGAGCAUCUAAGGGAAGAAGAGAAUAUUCUUGGGGAAAAUGAGACUACACAAAAAAUCACUCAAGACGAAGACACAGAAAAAUUUGAAACAGAAAGUUGCUUGAAACAAACGUCACAUGUUACGUCGCCUACUCCAACAUUCAAUACUCCAAACUUUGAUACAAGAGUUACAUCGCCUACUCCAACAUUUACGUCUCCUAAGUUUGAUCUUCUUUCCCAAGAAAGUCGUCAUAGUGGAAAGGGUACAAAUGAGGUUCUUAUGAGAGAUAUUUGUGAGAUUCUUGUUUUCCAACCUCUAAUGAAAAUUAAAAAGAGAUUGGUACAACAAGACAGCCAGCAUAUUGAAGCAGGUUUGCAGUUGCUGAAACUGAGAAAGAUAAACAAUCCAGAUUUGUUUCUGAACAAAACUAACUUAGUUGUUGGAGUGAAGUUUCUUGAAGAAAUAGAUGAGCUUUAUGAUGAGUUUUUAGGUGACAAGGAAGGUUUCCAAUUUGGAACAGGCUUUGACAAGUACAACACAGAGAAGAAUAUCAACUUCCUCUAUUCGGCUAUUGCAGCAGAAGAAAAGUAUUGGGUUGGAGUUGUAGUCAACUUGGAGAAGAGAAGUAUCACAACAUUAAAUUGUGCAGCAAUGAAGUUCACAUAUGCGAGUUUGGUCCCUUAUAUAAAUGCAUAUGCGAUGGCUCUCCCAUUCAUGAUUCGCAACUUCUUCAAAGAUGUCAGCAUGGAUACAAGCAUGUUCUCGAUUAAAAUUGUAUUUGAAGGUUUCCCACAAGUUCCUAAAAUAGAAGACAAUGGAGUUUAUGCAUUGAAGCUGAUAAAGUGUCAUGCAAUGCGUAUAGUGGACUUGACAAAGCUGAGUGAAGAAAAAAUUGCAAUCAUCCGAGAAAAGUUAGCGGUUGAUAUCUUCUCGGAAUUACAAUGA